AUGAAUUUUAGAAAGCCGAUUCGAACUUACACGAAGAAAAAAUAUAAAGACGUUACGAUUUCAUUAGACAAAUUACGUCUUCCUGUUAUAAACAAUAUUAUCAAUGCGGCUCCCUUAAGAGAAUUAAAUUCAAUAGAUGAGAAGAUUGGUGGUGACAAUUCAAUAUUUUAUGAUCCGUUUGAAACUACAUUUGACAAACUUCUUAAUAAUACAAGAGGUGCAAAACAACCAUCUGAAAAGUAUAAUAUCAAUACAUGGCAAAAUCGUAAAGAAAUAUAUUCCAAUUCAAGUAUAGUUGCAUCUAAGUUAAUUGACAAUAAACAUUUAUCAUAUGAUCAUGUUGAGAUAUCUGAGGCUAGUACAAAACUUGUUUCCAAGAAAAAGAGGGCCAGAAAAACAAAGAUGCAAGUUAAAAAGAAAACAAUUCAGAGAAACACUGUAUUAACUGGGAAUAAAGAUAAAUAUAAUGUGAAGGAGAAUAAUGUCCAUAAAGAGAACUUAUACACAGCAAAGAAAAAUAAAAAAACAAUACAUAGUAAUUCAAAUACUAAUGUAUCGCAUUUGAAUUCCAAGUUUGAAAAUCAUCUCAAUGAUGAUGCAGAAGCAUCAAAAGAAGGUUCUAAUGGAAAACAGGGAAUUACAAAUUCUAUUGACAAUUUCAAAAUAAAGCCUUGUUUUGUAGAGUUGGAUAAAACCAAUGUAUUGGAGUGGAAGAAUAAACUGGAUAAUAUUGAAAAAUUGACAAAAGCAACACAAGAAAAUUGCUUUGUAAGACUGGAGAAAUUAGAAACAUUAUUUAUGAAGCGAUUACAUGCUAGUAACAAAUGUGGAAAUCUAAUCAGUAGUACUCCUAUUGGUAGCCGAAUACGACCUUCUCAUAUAAUUGCUUUGUCACCAAUUCCUAUUACAUGUCUGGAAGAAUUGGAUGAUUCUGUAAAGUGUAAAGAGAAUGAUCUGAUUAGAGCAACUAAUAUAAAUUUAAUUACUUCAGGAAUUAUUGAAGUAAAUGCAGAUGCAUGCGAAGACUUUCAUGCAUUGAAAAAGCAUAUAUCGAACGGAGAACGAAAAUCGUCAAUUACGUCUAUUUGUAUUAGUAAUAGCGAUCAAAGUCACAUAACACAAGAAAUAUCUAAAGAAUAUUUUGAGGUAGUGAAAGAUGUUUCAGGGAUUGAGAUAGAAGAGGAAGACAUUGAAGAUGUACCUUCUUCAUUAACAAAAGAACAUACACCAUCAAGUAUAUUACAAAAAAAACACCUAAACUUUUCUAUUGACUUAGAUAGAUCACACUCCCUAUUUGGUGACACUAAUGAAAAUAAUGUUAUAGACUUUAAAAGUAAUAACACAAGUGUGAUUUUAGACACUACAAAUCUACUUAGUAAAGAUGACAGAUUAAAUGGAAAUAAUACUAUUGUAAUUAGUGACAACAGUUGCAAUGGAAUUGUACCUUGCAUAGUCUUGACACAAUUACAAGAUCCUUUUAGAAUUACAAGAAAAAGGAAACAAUAUUGUAAAUGGGAAUUUGACUUAUCUAAUAUUUCAGAAAGUUGUAAUAAUAGUAUUAAGAGAAAGGAAAUCAGCAUAAUUACAGAAAAUGACACUAAAAGAAAAAGGUUCUCUAGGAAAACAUUACGAGCAUUAGAAAAUGUACCAAAAACACCUAUUAGUGAUGUGUCAAUGAAAAUAGAGAAACCUAUAUAUUUAAAGCCAGGUAAAUCUUGGGCAAGGUCAUUAUCAAUAUUGAGCAAUAUUCAAAAUGAAUUUAAUUUGGAUAAAUUAUCUAUUGGCAAAGGCAAACAGUGGAGACACAGUGUUGUAGACAUUUUAAAUAUGCAAAAACAAGGUAUUUUCCAAAGUUGUGUAAAAAAGACUGCAAGUAACGCAGAUGUACAAGCAAGUAGUGAAACAGUUAUUAACUCUGAACAUGAGCUUACUAAUACGAAAGGUAGAACUGGCGAAUCUGCCAGUUUAGGACGUUUUACCAGAAGAAUAUCUGUUCGUGUCGUUCCAAUUAAUAAAACUGUUAAAUCAAUAGAAGAUACUCAAUUUCUGGAAGUUUAUGGAAUCUUUCCUAUCAAGAGUCAAAGAUUCACAUUAAUAAGUGAUCCACGAAAAUCUUCUGUGUGCAAUAUUACAAACUAUGACAAUGAUGGCCACAUUAUCAACGAACAUGUAGAUUUAACAGCAAAAGAAGUUAUUCUUGCAAGAUGUUUACAACAAGAUUACAUACCGUUUUCUACGUAUUUUUCAGAUUCGUAUCUAGAUCAUUGUCGAAAAAUCGGAGAAGGCGUCUAUGGUGAAGUUUUUCUUUAUGAACAUGAUGAUAAAAAGUCUGUUAUAAAAAUUAUUCCAAUAGAAGGGGACGAAUGUGUAAACGGGGAACCACAAAAGAAGUUUCAUGAAAUAUUAUCAGAAAUCGUUAUAGCAAAGGAAUUACACAAUCUACGAUAUAAUACAAAAUAUAAUACUGAUGGAUUUGUAGAAGUAAAAAAUAUUAAAUGCCUUAAAGGAAAGUAUCCCAAAACAUUAGUGGAUCUUUGGAAUACUUACGACGAAGAGAAACACUCUGAAAAUGAUUGUCCAUCGAUGUUUAAUGAGAAUCAAUUAUAUAUUAUACUAGAACUUGGCCAUAGUGGUCAAGAUUUGGAAGCAUUUGUAUUUCCUACAGCAGAAGAAGCACAUGUAUUGUUCAUACAGGCGGCAUUAGCAUUGGCAAUUGCAGAAGAAGCUGUUCAAUUUGAACACAGAGACUUGCAUUGGGGUAAUAUUUUAAUAUCCCCAACGACUGAAUCUCAUGUAUAUUAUAAGCUAGGACAAAAACAAAUUCAAUUACUUAGUAAAGGUGUAAAGGUAUCUAUUAUAGAUUUCACACUUUCAAGAGUAACGUAUCAAGGAUGCAGUGUAUUUAAUGAUCUUGCAUCUGAUCCUAGUCUUUUUGGGGCUCAGGGAGAAUAUCAAUUUGAAAUAUAUCGUUUAAUGAGAGAUAAGAUCAAAAAUAAUUGGCAAAAAUUUGAACCCUACAAAUGGUAUAAUAAAAUUGAAAGAAUUAAAAAACGAGGUCUUGUCAUAUACAAGCGCCUAUGA